AUCAAAAUCAAAUCAACACUUCUUGAGUGUGCUACCGCAGUAUAGCAAAUCCUUUUCCUGCACCUCUCAAAUCCUUUUUGGAUCUAAUCAACAAAUAUGAAGUUCGUCAUUGCCGUAGUCAUGUUGGCUUUCGCCGUUGUUGCUGUACACUCAUCCCUGUUGGGCGCUCAGAUUUCACCUGGAGUUUCUUACGUGGCACCCCCAUUACUCGGUGGACUUGGCCCAUUGAGUAUUCCCGGUCUGUUGGGUGGCAUACCUGGCAUCUCGCUAAGCCAGGGACCAUUGGGCGGCGUGCCCGGUAUAUUGGGCGGCGUGCCCGGUAUAUUGGGUGGCAUACCCGGCAUCUCGCUAAGCCAGGGACCGUUGGGCGGCGUGCCCGGUAUAUUGGGUGGCAUUCCCGGCAUCUCGCUCAGCCAGGGACCAUUGGGUGCUGCCAUCGCUAGUCCUAUCGCCUUGGGUGGUGGACCAGGUGUUUAUGUGGCAAAGACCCGUGGUGCUAUCCAUACCGCCCCAUUGGAAGGACACAUUAACUCGGCGACCUCUGUGAAUUUGGCACCAGCACCAGGCACCUUGUAAGCAUCUCGUACGGCAUCAUCUCAUCGCUCCACCGAGACCACAACGAUUCUAUACACACCUAUACGGAUUUUAAAUACAAUCAAG